UAGUUUAAUUUCCAACUGAGAAAAAAAAAAAAAAAACGCGUUCCAACACUCUGCAUUAAAACCGCCGUCUUCUUUUCCUGAUUCUACGGCAUGGGUUUAGUAGGUGCGGAGGAGACGUCGUCGUCGUCGUCGUCGUUUAUGUCCGACUUCAUUCAGAAGUGCGGUGGCUGCGUUGUCAUUGACGGCGGCUUUGCAACGGAGCUCGAACGACACGGGGCUGACCUCAACGACCCUCUUUGGAGCGCCAAGUGCCUUAUUGAUUCUCCUCAUCUUGUCAGAAGGGUUCACCUAGAUUACCUCGACGCUGGUGCAAAUAUUAUUCUAACAGCAUCUUAUCAGGCCACCGUUCAAGGCUUUGAGGCCAAAGGCUUCUCCAGUGAAGAAGCUGAAGGUUUGCUUAGGAGAAGUGUAGAAAUUGCGUGCGAGGCCCGGGAGAUUUACCAUGACCGUUGCACAAAAGAUUCUUGGGAUGUCAUGGAAAAUGGGAGGAGUUCGAGUUCGAGCUCGAGUUCGAGACGUCCAAUUCUAGUUGCAGCUUCUGUGGGCAGCUAUGGAGCUUAUUUAGCCGAUGGUUCUGAGUAUAGCGGAAACUAUGGUGAUGCAAUUACUUUGGAAACGUUGAAGGAUUUUCACAGGAAAAGGGUACAGAUUCUAGCAAACUCAGGUGCUGACAUAAUUGCGUUUGAAACAAUCCCAAACAAGUUAGAAGCAAAGGCAUAUGCUGAGCUUCUUGAGGAAGAAGGCAUAGAAAUUCCAGCAUGGUUUUCUUUCAAUUCUAAGGAUGGAGUUAAUGUGGUCAGUGGUGAUCCUAUUUCAGAGUGUGCCUCCAUUGCAGAUUCAUGCAAGCAGGUUGUUGCUGUUGGAAUCAACUGUACCCCUCCUAGAUUUAUCCAUGGACUAAUUACAUCUAUUAAGAAGGUAACGAGUAAACCAAUACUGGUAUAUCCCAACAGCGGUGAGACUUACGACGGUCAGGCCAAGCAAUGGGUGAAAUCAAGUGGAGAUGUAGAUGAAGAUUUUGUCACAUACAUUGGCAAGUGGAGGGAAGCUGGGGCUUCUCUUUUUGGUGGGUGCUGCAGGACUAGUCCCAAAACCAUUAGAGGCAUAGCCAGGGUGCUUUCUAGUAAAAACUAAUGUAGUUUUACCCCAAGGAGGCACAUCAAGCAUGUUCUCCUACUGUGAGCAUUCCUUUUUCUCUCGUUCCUUUCCUCAUGCAAAGAAGCAGACACAGCAAUCUAUUUGUCUACCAGAAAAGAAGAAAGGGAGCUGAAUGUUUCACCCGUUGACGGGCAAAAGUAGUGCAAACAACACCGAGCUAGCAUGUCAGACUGAGAUGUUAAGAAUAAGAAGCUAGAAAUAGUUUUUUCACUUGUUACUUCCUUGUCUCAUACCAUCGAAGAAAUAACAGCAGAAUCCGAGGUUGGGGGAGAAAAAUGGUCCCAUGUAUUCUCGAAUAACAAUAGAAUUUGAUUUCGUUUGAAAUGUUGA